AUGUUGUACGAAUAUGUGCCAAAAGCACUCCAGGUCCUAGGAGCCCUUACUGCUGUGUCAGCCGUGUCGAGGCUUCUGUCCCUUUUUCGGCUGUACUUCUCACCUGGGACAUCCUCUCUGAGCCGCUGGAAGCAUGGAGAAGAGCCAUACGCCUUGGUUACAGGGGGCACCGAUGGGAUUGGGCUGGGAUUCGUCGAAGCAAUUGCGGCCCAAGGUUUCAAUGUGAUCAUACUGUCCAGGAACAAAAGAAAACUGGAAUCUCGUCGAUCAGCUUUACAAAAACAAUUUCCCAAACUGAAGUUCGAAAUCCUUGUCUUUGAUGCAUUAAAAGAUCCGUACGAAAGCAUCGAAAAGCUGGUUGCCGGCAUAUCCCACUUGAACAUCACCGUCCUGGUCAAUAACGUUGGGGGGAUUCCUUUUAUCCCUGGAUAUCGACUGCUUACCGACACAGGCAGCCCACAAAUCGACGCAGUCAUCGACAUAAACACCCGCUUUCUAUCGCACUUCACACGCUUCAUGAUCCCGGUCAUGGCGAAGAACGACCCCGCCCUCAUCGCAAAUGUCGGUUCAGCCGCUCAGGUCGGUAUCCCCUGGGCUGCGGUGUAUUCCGGCACCAAAGGAUUCGUGCUCAGUUUCUCAGAGGGUCUCUCCCGCGAGUUUAAGUGCAAUAGCAUCCCCAUCGAUGUAUUGAACAUCACACUCGCGGAUGUGAGCACCCAACAAACGCCCACGCCGGUGCACAUUCUCAACCCUUCUGCACAAGAUUUUAGCAGGACAGCAGUCAGUCGGCUCGGAGCCGCCGUCGCUUCUGGACGUAAUACAGUCACCCCGUAUAUACUGCAUGCACUUCUACUCUGGGUUUUCGGCGUGCAGCCUGAAUCUGUAAAGGUCAUGAUAACGAAUAACAUGAUUCGUGGGGCACGAGAACUUCUUGAGAAAGCCCAUGGUGGGCUCAAGAGGGACUAA